GUCAGGCAGCGCCGCCAUGUCCUACAACAAGAUCCCACCGCGCUGGCUGCGCUGCCCCAGGAGGGGGCAGCCGGUGGCAGGGAAGUUUUUGCCUUUGAAGACAAUGUUAGGACCAAGAUACGAUGAACAGGUUGCUGAAGAGAAUCGCUUCCAUCCCAGUAUGCUGUCCAACUAUUUAAAGAGUCUGAAGGUUAAAAUGGGUUUAUUGGUGGACUUAACGAACACCACUCGAUUCUAUGAUAGAAAUGAUAUAGAAAAAGAAGGGAUCAAAUAUAUAAAACUUCAGUGUAAAGGGCAUGGUGAGUGCCCUACACCUGAGAACACGGAAGCAUUUAUCCGCCUAUGUGAACAUUUUAGUGAUAAGAAUCCUUCAGAGCUUAUAGGUGUUCAUUGUACACAUGGGUUCAAUCGAACUGGUUUUCUUAUCUGUGCCUUUUUGGUUGAGAAGUUGGAUUGGAGUAUUGAAGCAGCAGUGGCUACUUUUGCCCAAGCCAGACCACCAGGUAUCUAUAAAGGGGACUAUUUAAAAGAACUAUUCCGUCGUUACGGAGAUGUAGAUGAUGCACCGCCACCACCUGAGCUACCUGAAUGGUGCUUUGAUGAAGAUGAUGAAGAGGAGGAGGAGGAGGAGGAUGUUAAAACAGGAGGUCAAGAAUCAGAACCUGGGUCUUCAAGUUCCUCUUUUGGCAAAAGGAGAAAAGAACACCUAAAACUGGGUGCAAUUUUCUUGGAAGGAGUGACAGUUAAACGUGUAGCCCAAGUGACAACUCAACCAAAGUUAAGAGAAAUACAGCAAAAAUGUCAGCAAUUCUGUGGAUGGGAAGGGUCUGGAUUCCCUGGAGCACAGCCUAUUUCCAUGGACAAACAAAAUAUUAAACUUUUAGAGCAGAAGCCGUACAAAGUAAGCUGGAAAGCAGAUGGCACUCGAUAUAUGAUGAUGAUUGAUGGCAAGAAUGAAGUUCAUAUGAUUGACAGAGAUAACUCAGUGUUUCAUGUAUCUAACCUGGAGUUUCCAUUUCGUAAAGAUCUUCGCACACAUUUAACAAAUACUCUGUUGGAUGGGGAAAUGAUCAUUGACAAAGUAAACGGACAAGUCGUUCCUCGGUACUUGAUAUAUGACAUUAUUAAAUUCAAUGGACAGCCAGUUGGAGAAUGUGAUUUUAACAUUCGACUAGCAUGUAUAGAAAAAGAGAUUAUAUUUCCACGGCAUGAAAAGAUGAAGAAUGGUCUUAUUGACAAAGCACAGGAACCAUUCAGUGUUCGAAACAAACCAUUUUUUGACAUCCACGCUGCAAGAAAGCUUCUUGAAGGAAGUUUUGCCAGAGAAGUCAGUCAUGAAGUGGAUGGACUGAUUUUUCAGCCUACAGGCAAAUACAAGCCGGGUCGAUGUGAUGAUAUUUUGAAAUGGAAGCCACCCAGUCUGAAUUCUGUUGAUUUUCGUCUAAAGAUAACAAGAAUUGGUGGAGAAGGAUUACUUACCCAGAAUGUUGGUCUUCUUUAUGUUGGAAGUUUUGACAGACCUUUUGCACAAAUUAAGGUGACAAGAGAACUGAAACAGUAUGACAAUAAGAUUAUAGAGUGUAAAUUUGAGAACAACAGCUGGGUGUUCAUGAGGCAGAGAAUAGACAAAAGCUUUCCAAAUGCUUACAACACUGCCCUAGCUGUAUGUAACAGCAUCCAAAAUCCAGUCACAAAGGAAAUGUUGUUUGAGUUCAUUGAUAGGUGUACAGCAGCUUCUCAAGGACAGACGCAAAAACAUCACCUGGAUCCUGACGCUGAACUCAUGCCCCCACCUCCUCCCAAAAGACCACGCACCAUAACCUAA